GUGACAAGCUGUUAAGGGGAGAUAAUACAAAUGUUUAGCAAUGCAAUGGCGCGACCAAAAUUGACACUGUUUGUGUCAUAUAUUUUGGUUUUAAUAAUAAACGGAUCUCAUGCAGCGAGAAAUCAAAAACCAUUCCAAUAUCAAGAAUGCAAGCUUGAUCACUCUAUAGGUGUUGGUAAGGACAGUGUGACCGGUAACUCUCCAACUAUACCAGAUGGCAACCUGUGGGCAUCAACAUACACCACUGAAAACCGAAUGCCUCAUAUGGCUCGUCUGGAUGACCCUACUGGAGCAUGGACGGCCUCCGUUCAGAAUUCUAUGCAGUAUCUUGCUGUAGAUCUUGGAACUACGCAUAUCGUGACCCGUGUAUACACACAGGGUCGACAAGGAAGUGACGAGUAUGUCACAGAAUUUACAGUAGAGUUUUCCAUGGACAAUAAAACAUGGGAGGAAUAUACCAAUGAGUUUGGUUUGACUGAGAUUUUCAAUGGCAAUGACAAUGGCAAUGAUGUAGAAAAGAACAACUUGAUAUAUCCAAUAAUUGCUAGAUAUAUCAAGUUCAGACCUCAGAGAUGGAACCAGUUUAUUUCAAUGAGAGUUGACGUGAUAGGGGGUAUUAUGACUGGGGUUGAAUUUGAGACAAAAGUGUUCUUCAGGCUUGAUUUAGAUAAAAAGAUCUAUCUAGGAGGUGUAGAUACAUUCAACAAGAAAGGUUUGACAACUCGGUAUAACUUCAAUGGUUGUAUAGACUUUGUGCGUUUCAACAGCAUCAAUAUGAUCCGAGAUGCCAAAACGAACCAAGGAUUUCAGAGCCGCUUCCAGACUGUCGGACCUGUAGCUUUCACAUGCUCUGUAAUGUUUAUAUUGGUGAGAGUGGACAGAGAUGGUUUCGUGUAUUAUAAAGUGACAGACAAAGAGAAUCAGAUUGUUGAGGAUGUUGUCAGAAACAUUGACAUUGAGAGUAACACUCAGCAGUUCACUGACGGUCUCUGGCAUACAUUCAGUUUGUACAUAGAUUCUUCAAAAGUUAACGUCACAGUAGACAGAAACUCUAAAGUCUCACUGAGAUCUAUGAACAUCAUAGCUGGCUCAGAUUAUUUUAUAGGUGGAUCCCAGAUAGAGUCAGGUUUCCGGGGAUGUUUACGAAACGUGGAAGUAUCAUCAGCCCCAGUUGAUCUAGAAAAUCUGGAUUCAGGAAAUGUUAACUUGGUUUCUAUUGGUUCGUGUAAGAUUAGGGACAGAUGUACUCCAAACCCAUGUGAACAUAACGGCAGAUGUGACCAGGAUUGGAAUAAUUUCUACUGUGAUUGUGAUGCUACAGGAUAUAAAGGGGCUGUGUGCCAUAUCUCUUCCCACCAGUUAUCGUGUGUAUUACACAAUAUGUACACUAUCAUGGAUGGACAGGAAGAAGUGACAGUUGACCCUGAUGGCUCUGGACCCAUUGAACCUUUCAGUGUUAUCUGUAAUGGAAAAACUGGUUCCUUGUACCCGGUGGAGACCUGGAUUAGACACAACAGCAUGAGUCUUAUCACAGUGAAUGGUUUCCAGUCACCUGAUUACUAUGUCCGUAAAAUAGAGUAUGAAACGGACCUGGCAGGUUUGACAGAGGUUAUAGAACGAUCAGAUAACUGUGAACAGGAAGUAGUAUGGAGGUGUAACAACUCGCGUCUCAUGAUGAGAGACGAUGCAUCAACUGAUGGUAUCCAAAGAACAUACGGCUAUUGGGUUGGAAGAACUUACCAGGACAUGCAUUACUGGGGUGGUGCAGCCCCAGGGACGUACAAAUGUGCCUGCGGACUGACAGAAGAGGGUUGUGACUUGCAGAGUACAACAUGCAAUUGUGACUCUGGUGGUCAGACCUCAGACACUGGAUUAUUAAUGCACAAGGAUUAUCUGCCAGUAAUGGAGCUACAUUUUGGAGACACUGGUUCCCUCACUGAUAAUAAGGUUGGACAACAUCAAGUGAAGGAGCUCAAAUGUUACGGUGACAACUUGCUUGAGAAUGUAAUCACCUUCAGAAAAGCUGAUGCCACCCUGGAAUUUGCUACAUUUGAAGGUGACAAGGCCGGAGAUAUCUGGUUCCAGUUUAAGACAACAGCCACGGACGGUGUGAUGAUCCACGAUACUGGUGACACAGAGAAUGACUUUAUACAGAUCAGAAUGAUCAAUGGAGACACGAUUCAGUUCCGUUACAAUGUUGGUAAUGGUAUCCAGGUUUUGGAAUACAGGACCAUUAACACUUUGAAUAAUGACAUCUGGCAUACUGUACACGUGGAACGUAACCGUAAACAGGCUUGGCUCCGUGUUGACAACUUCCCAGAAGAGGUCCGUAAUGAACCCCAAGAUGAGAUUACUAGACUAAUGGACUUGACAAAGCCUCUAACAGUGGGAGCUGCUGUAGAUCACAGGGAUGGUUUUGUAGGCUGUAUGCGUGGUUUACGUGUCAAUGGAGUACUAAUGGACAUGAGAGGUGCUGUACGCAAGGGCCAGUUUACCUACGGUGUACAUGAAGGUUGUGUUGGAAAAUGCGCCAGCAACCCGUGCUUCAACCAGGGUACAUGUAGAGAGGGUUACUCACAUUAUACGUGCGACUGUGCCUACACACCUUUCAGAGGAUGGAUGUGUUUCAGAGAGGUGGGUGUGAACAUGCAGACCAACUUUAUGAUCCAGUACGAGUUUGAUGACAAACAAGGUCUCUCGGCAACAGAUUUUAUGUACAUUAGGGUCGGCUUUAUCACCAAGAAGAAGCAGGGUAUUCUGAUACAGCUCAGGAAUGAAAAGAACACAGAAUAUAUCUCUCUGGAAAUGAACAACAAUGGUGGAGUGAAGUUUUUCCUGGAUGUUGGUUUUGAGCGUUGGGAACUGAACACUGAUGUGAACAACAUUGAUUUGACCAAUGGACAGGCUCAUGAGGUCAUUCUGCGGAGAGAACAAAAUGGUCGAAAGGUCUAUCUACAGGUUGACAAUUAUGAGAUAGCUAAGGGAACUCUCGGAGAGAAGAUCAGUGACACGAUUCUAGAUGAUCCCAAAUAUCUCUUUAUUGGAAACAAUGAUACGGAGAACACGGGUAAAGGAUUUGAGGGCUGUAUCUACCGUAUGCAGAUAGAUAACAUUUAUCCACUGAAGAGAGCUUUCCAGGAUCCAAGACCCUCAUUUAUCAAACCAGUUCCUGAAGACAAAGUUCGUGAAGAUAUGUGUGGUUUUGAGGAGAUAACACGGGAACCCGAUCCGAUAGAAGUGCGACCUUAUGGACCAACAUAUGUGAACCUGACCUUACCUCCGCCCCCGGAGGACAGGUCUGGAGAAAGACAGCUUAUUGUUGGAGAAUCCGUAGUUGAGGAUAUGUGUGGUUUUGAAGAGGUAACAAGGCCGUCUGACCCAAUCGAGCAGCGGCCAUGGUUACCGACCUAUGUGAACAUUACAGCUCCUCCACCUAUCGAGGAUAGAAGUGCAGAACAACAACUUAUUGUUGGAGUUACCGUGGCAGCAGCAUUCCUGAUCUUCAUUAUCAUCUUAAUGGUUUUCUUCAUCUACUUCCGGCAAAAAGGAGAUUAUGAAACUAAGGAAGCUAAAGGACAGGAAAAUGCUGACAAUCCCGACGCCGCCAUUGUAUUUUGUUCAACUGGUGUACCGGACAUUCCAAAACGACAAGAAUGGUUCAUGUAGCACUUGUGCUAGGAAGUACCUCGAAAAAGUUUGUGCAUAUGUAAAUAGUUAACAAAUAUGUAGAAAAUGUAUAGCGGAAUAAAAGAUUACACAAAACAGACAAUUUACAUGUGAUAUAUGUGUGUUGAAAUUAUGUAUAAAAUACAUAGUGCUGUGCAUAUUUUAAGUUGCUUAACAUGUAUUGUACUUUUACAUUAUUUCAUUAAUCAAAGCAUUAUAAUUUUUGAUAUGAAAAAUUUGUAACUGGCUGAAGAUGCCCAGUCUUACAAUAUUUGAUUUAUUAUUUAUUAUUAUUUUAUUACAAACUUCGCUUUGUAAUAAAAUAGCUGACAGAAAAAGUACAAUUCAGAUUAUUUUUAGUCAUUUCAAUUUUUAGCUCAUCUGAUUUUUUGAAAAAAAAUGAUGAGUUAUUGUCAUCACUUGAGCGGUUGUCGGCGUCGGCGUCGGCGUUGCCUGGUUAAGUUUUAUGUUUAGGUCAGCUUUUCUCCUAAACUAUCAAAGCUAUUGCUUUGAAACUUGGAAUACUUGUUCACCAUCAUAAGCUGACCCUGUAUAGCAAGAAACAUAACUCCAUCUUGCUUUUUGCAAGAUUUAUGGCCCCUUUUGUACUUAGAAAAUAUCAGAUUUCUUGGUUAAGUUUUAUGUUUAGGUCAACUUUUCUCCUAAACUAUCCAAGCUUUCGCUUUGAAACUUGGAAUACUUGUUCACCAUCAUAAGCAGACCCUGUACAUCAAGAAACAUAACUCCAUCUUGCUUUUUGCAAGAAUUAUUGCCCCUUUUGGACUUAGAAAAUCAGUUUUCUUGGUUAAGUUUUAUGUUUAGGUCAGCUUUUAUCCUAAACUAUCAAAGCUAUUCCUUUAAAACUUGCAACACUUGUUCACCAUCAUAAGGUGACCCUGUACAGCAAGAAACAUAACUCCAUCCUGCUUUUUGCAAGAUUUAUGGCCCCUUUUGGACUUAGAAAAUAUCAGAUUUCUUGGUUAAGUUUUAUGUUUAGGUCAACUUUUUCUCUUAAACUAUCAAAGCUAUUGCUUUAAAACUUGCAACUCUUGUUCACCAUCAUAAGCUGACCCUGUACAGCAAGCAACAUAACUCCAUCCUGCUUUUUGCAAUAAUUAUUGCCCCUUUUGGACUUAGAAAAAUCAUUUUCUUGGUUGAAUAUUAUGUUUAAGUCAACUUUUCUCAUAAACUAUCAAAGCUAUUGCUUUAAAACUUGCAACAGUUUUUCACCAUCAUAAGUGGACAUUGUACAUCAAGAAACUUAACUCUAUCCUGCUUUUUGCAAGAGUGAUGGCCCUUUUUGGACUUAGAAAAUCAUGGGUAGAACAAUAUUUCUAUUAUACAAAAAAAAUCAGAUGAGCGUCAGCACCCGCAAGGCGGUGCUCUUGUUAAUUAAAUAUUUAAACAUGCUGCUUAUUAAUAGAAAUAUUGUAAAAUUAACCACAUUAGUUAAAAAAACACAGGUUUGUACAAUCAAAAUGUACAUAUCAUGUUUUGUUUUAAAUAUUUUUUCGUGUUAAAAUGUUUACUUUAUUUUUUAGCAAGUAUGUUUUCUCAGCUUUAGAGAUCUAAAAGUUAGUGUACAUAUUUUUAUGUCAACUUUGUGAAUAUUGCACAUUCCAAAUUUUUAAUUUCCAUGUAUAUAUAGGUAAAUAGCAAUAUUUUUAUAUACCAAGGUCCUCUCAAAAGGUUGUGAAUUGUAACAUAUCAUACAUGUUGUGCCGUCUUACUAUAUUCAUCAGUAAUGCAAGAUCAUGUCGUUUUCGCUUGUAUUUUUGUACCAGCUGAGGUUUUCUUCCUUGAAAUUUGCUUUAGAAAUCCAUAUGAUAGAAUGUCUUUUCUGAACUUGACAAAUUUAAUAGCAUAUACAAAAAGGUAGGUUGUGAUAUACACAUAUCGUUAUUUAUUUAUACAAAUAAUUGCUACAUAUCAAAUUUUACCAUGGUUGUAGUCCUUCUUUUGUCAUUUUUUUAGAACAAUUUUUAAUGUACAUAUUAAUGGUAGCAUUUCAAAACAAUAUCUGUUUCAUGGAGUAUUUGGUUAACAUUUUUGAAUAUUUAUGCCCCCCUUUGAAAAAGGAGGGGUAUAUUGUUUUGCAGAUGUCGGUCGGUCGGUCGGUCAGUCGGAAUGUAGACCAAUCCGUUUCCGGAUGAUAACUCAAGAACGCUUGGGCCUAGGAUCAUGAAAGUUGAUAGGGAGGUUGGUCAUCUUCACCAGAUGACCCCUAUUGAUUUUGAGGUCUGUAUGUCAAAGGUCAAGGUCACAGUGACCCUGAAUAGUAAAACGGUUUCCGGAUGAUAACUCAAGAACACUUGGGCCUAGGAUCAUGAAAGUUGAUAGGGAGGUUGGUAAUGACCAGCAGAUGACCCCUAUUGAUUUUGAGGUCAGUAUGUUAAAGGUCAAGGUCACAGUGACCCUGAACAGUAAAAUGGUUUCCGGAUGAUAACUCAAGAACACUUGGGCCUAGGAUCAUGAAAGUUGAUAGGGAGGUUGGUAAUGACCAGCAGAUGACCCCUAUUGAUUUUAAGGUCAGUAUGUUAAAGGUCAAGGUCACAGUGACCCUGAACAGUAAAACGGUUUCCGGAUGAUAACUCAAGAACGCUUAGGCCUAGGGUCACGAAAGUUGAUAGGGAGGUUGGUAAUGACCAGCAGAUGACCCCUAUUGAUUGUGAGGUCAGUAUGUCACAGGUCAAGGUCACAGUGACCAGGAACAGUAAAAUGGUUUUCAGGCAAUAACUCAAGAACGCUUGGGCCUAGUGUCAGGAAAAUUGAUAGUUAGGUUGGCCAUGACCAGCAGAUGACCCCUAUUGAUUUUGAGGUCAUUAGGUCAAAGGUCAAGGUUACAUUGGGCAGGAACAGUUAAAUGGUUUCUGAUCUUCUUGUCCAAAACCAUAGGGCCUAGGGCUUUGAUAUUUGGUAUGUAGCAAAAUCUAGUGGUCCUCUACCAAGAUUGUUCAGAUUAUUUCCCUAGGGUCAAAUAUGGCCCCACCCCUAGGGUCACAUGGUUUAUAUAGACUUAUAUAGGAAAAAACUUUGAAAAACCUCUUGUCCAAAACCACAUGGCCUAGGGCUUUGAUAUUUUGUAUAUGACAUCAUCUAGUGGUUCUCUACUAAGAUUAUUCAAAUUAUUCCCCUAGGGUCAAAUAUGGCUUCGCCGUGGGGGUCACAUGGUUUACAUAUACUUAUAUAGGGAAAAACUUUGAAAAUCUUCUUGUCCAAACCACAAAGACUAUGGCUUUGGUAAUUUGUAAUGUAGCAUCAUUUAGUGGUUUUCUACCAAGUUUGUUCAAGUUAUCCCUCUCGGGUCAAAUAUGGCCCCGCCCCAGAGGUCAUAUGGUUCAUAUAGACUUAUAUAGGGAAAUUUUACAAUGAGCAGAUAAUUUCUGUUCCUUGUGCAAUUACUGAAUGCAUCAAGGUGGGCAUUUCGUGUUCGACGAGCUCUUGUUUUGGUAAAAUUGAGUCUGUAUAGAAUAGAUUGUUUUAUUAUGUGUAAGGCAAAAGUUAGUAAAAAGAAAACUUAAAAUGUCAGAAACAACGACACUGCUGCAACAGUUCUCAUGUGUUCUAUGUUUUUAUAAUGUAAAAUAUUCCAUCAAAAUUUAGUUUACUCUUCAGAAAUAGAACAAAUAUGCUUUGUGUUGAUUCUUGCAUUGCAUUUUAAACAGUUAUCAUUGUACAUAUCUGUAAACUUUUAAUAUUUAGAUUAAUAUUUUACAUAUUCUUGUGUAUGUAUAUUUUUUGUAUAUAGUCACUUUUUUAUACAGUCAUUCCAGAUCAUUAUAUGCAACACGUAUCGUGUUUAUAGAAACAUAUCGGUGAUUUCAUAUUCUGCAUUGAAGUUGAUAAAUGUCAUCAUUUGCAUAUAUCAAGUCAGACCAUCCAUGCACACUCAUAUUUUUUAUAUUAAAGGUAAAGAAACA